AUUCCUCGUUAAAUGUCUUCUAUGCCAUUAACCCAUCCCCCUGUGGCCUUGUCUCUCCCAGGCGCUUUGUGUGGAACUUCUUCCGAGUGGAGAAUGAGUACGUCAACGAUUGUCUGCAGUUCCACUCCGUCUUAGUGCAAGCAGGUGUUAUUUCAUCUGAAGGAGCGGCCCCUGGAAUCAACAAGGAGACGUAUGCCAUGCUGCGUGCAGAGCACAACCGCAAGCAGCCGCCCACCACCCAACCUCCCUAAAACCCUAGAACCCCAAAACCUCUCCUAGAUGCCAGACGUAACUGUGGCAUAUGCAUACCUGUACUUAGGCUUAGAUACAGAACAUGCGGCCGUUAUGGAAUACAUACGCAACGAGCCACUAAGAUAAACACCAUACAGACGUAUGAUAUGUAUACACCAGAGGUAGUCAACCAUCCUACAAACACAUGACCGAACACACACACACACACACACACAUGCUCCGCGCGUGCACUGCAGCAGCGUGCACGUGUGUGUGCACAAGCAUGUAGACGACAUGGGGAACACCCAUUAACAAAAGCCACGGCCACACGGAUAGGGAUAGCUCACACAGGCUCACGUGUAUACAACAACAACAACCCAGCAAUACGGCGAAGGACUAUAUACCUACCUACCCAGCACCAGGUUGGUUGGUAGGGUUUAGAGUUUAGGCUAAACCCUAAAACCCUUAAGGUACGUGCCACACAGGUAUCGUAUUCUGGUUCAUACAGAGGCGCGGUGGUGUGAUCAGGGUUUUAAGGUUUCUCGCAAAGAAAAAGUGAGAGAGUGCACAAUAUAUAUAUAUAUAUGUAAGUCAGAUACAACGCCUAUUGGUUACGAAAAGAUCUGCCAGUCAUACGCAAAAAACCCCAAUGAACGUAUGCGUCGGGCGUGUUUCUUCUUCCCCCACCACCUCUCCGCACGUUUUGCAGACACAUACAUUAUAGACAAGUGACGGAUGAACCAUCCAAUAUAUUAUAUUGUAUAACCUUUGUACAGUAUUUUAAGCAGCCGUAGCGCCUGGUUGCGGUUCCGUACAACAGGCGCAGGUAUAAACCCUACACCCGCACACCUCACAUCCAUCACACGCAGUUGUGAUGACGGACAUCUUAGCAGUAGACGUUGAGCUAAAACCCGAAACCUCUGUUUGUAUCGCACUCGUGUGAUAUGCACACACACGGAUAUGGCUGGCGUGUGGGGGUACGGUACCG